GCCACCGAUUGCGGGGCUAAGAAGUCGAGGCUGAGCAGCUAACCAUCUUGACUCCUCAACCAUACACGUCCGUAGCAACGCAGGCGCGCAGCAUGGCCACCACUAUCAUCACCGCAGCUCAAAACGCCAGGCAGGACGCGCCGCCAGCCAAAUUCCCCCUCGACUGGAGCCGCCUGACUCGCAGCAUUGAAGCUGGGCGCACGCGCUUCUCCGCAGCUAGAGCCAAGUUCUCGAGUGAAUACCCAAAUGCAGGCGUCAAGGCCAAGGAAGCGGCCAUGUUCUUCGCCCUCAUCGUCGGCGGCUGGAACGAUGCUACACCAGGUGCCCUCCUCCCCUCCAUCGAGAGCCACUACAACGUCAACUUCAUCAUCACUUCGCUCCUCUUCGUCGCCAACUUCCUCGGAAGCGUCACCGCAGCGGUGCUCUGCCCCAUCGUCAUCGAUCGGUUCGGCCUAGGAAAAGCCUUGAGCUUCUUUGCGCUCCUGGUCACCAUUCCAUGGGCCAUCUUCAUCGCCCUCCCUCCUUAUCCGCUCUUCGCCGUCUGUUUCUACUUUAGCGGCUGCGGUGUCGCGGCGCUUGACUCGAUGGGAAAUACGUGGAUCUCUGGCCGACCUCGCCCUGCUCUGCGUUUGGGUUUCCUGCACUUCGCCUACGGGAUCGGCGCCUUCCUCUCGCCCCUGGCUGCCGCACCCUUCAACGGACACAACAUCCGCUUCUCCUUCUUCUACAUCAUUGCCCUGGGACUCGCCGCGCUCAAUACUGCCGGCGUCACCGCCGCCUUUAAGCUCAAGCGCGAGACGGACGAGGAGCGAACAAAGGACUCCGUGGCAGAGAGGAACGGGGAGUGGGUUGCGGCUUCGACCGCGCUUGGAGGCACGAGUGCAGACGUAAUCGAGCUCAGGUCGAUGCGCGCUCGCAAUGACAACGACGCCCUCAGCCUCGACAGCAAGGCCGCCCGCGAUAGCUCUCCCGAAACGCCCUACGACGACUCUCGCACCCCUCCCCCGCCAGCCACGCCCCACGAGCUCUCCUCGACUCGCGCAAAGUUCAUCGCCGUCCUCAAGCAGCCGCGCGCCCACAUAUUUGCCCUCUUCACGCUCUGCUACGUCGGCACAGAAGUGAGCAUCGGGGGUUGGACCUCCACCUAUCUGCUGAGUCGCAACGACCCCUCGUCCGCCACCAUCGACUACGCGGGCGGCGAGUUGGCAGGCGGUGGCCUCACCCGCUCGCAGGCCACGCUCCUCGUCUCCGGCUUCUGGGGCGGAAUAGCCGUGGGCCGUAUUGCACUUCUCCCCGUGACGAGUUGGAUAGGCGACCAACUAGCCGUUCUAGUCUACAUCCUCCUUGCCCUCGCCCUUCAGCUCGUCACCUGGUUCGUGCCCGCCAUAGCAAGUAGCGCCGUUGCUCUCGCGCUCAUGGGCAUCUUUCUCGGUCCCAUCUUCCCGAUCAUGAUCGAGAUUGCCGCACGACAGAUCCGCCCGCGUAUCUUGCACACCACGGCAUUGUCCUACAUCAUCUCGCUGGGCGCAGCAGGGUCGGCGCUUUUCCCAUUUUUCAUCGGACUGCUCGCUCAGGCGCGCGGGAUUCAGGUGCUGGCGCCUACCCUCGUGGCUAUGCUGGGGGCACAGGGAGCUAUUUGGUGCUGUUUGGGCUGGCCGGUGAGGCGGGGCAGGAGCAGGAGUACAACCGGAGGCGAUGAGUAGGCACGGCGUGGCGAUUCGGGGGAGGAAUGGCAUUGCAUUGGACGCCAC